AUGGAUAUCGCUCAAGAAGUUGCUUCAGGCGAUGCAGCAUUCGACUUCACGCGUUUCUUUGACAAAAGAAGCGAUCUUUUUGCUACGAUGUCGUUUAGUGAUAUUCAGUGGUUUUACGUGCGCUCGAAGAAUUUGAAAACAGUCCUUCACCAAAGUUUCAUUGAACAACGUCGUCCGAAGCAUGGUGUCACCAAAGAGGUGUCUUUGACGCCAGUCACUUCACCCCGCCAGCACGUGAUCAAGAUCGUGUACGGUCGAGCGGUUUCGAACGACGAGUAUACACUGUAUCGGUUGAUGGGCGUAGUGGCAGUUCAAGCACUGCAAUUAUCCGGUAACAAAAUGAAGAAGAUCAGCAAUCCGUUGGCGCUGAAAGCCGGUUUGACGUACGCAACCGUUGGCAGUUCCUACUUGGUCUAUACGAUGGCACUUGAGUUCUUAUUUGCAAAAAUGCCCGUCAGCGUGAUGGCACUGUGCAUAUACCGAGCCAGGAAGCUCUCGUAUUCACAGAUCGACGCGGCAGUGGACGACAUUAACGAAGGCGUUACGAAGGCAUUGCUGAAACAGAAAACUAAGGAUGGUGUCAGUGUGAAGGACUGGCUAGCAGACGAGGCAAAUGUUAAGGCCGUUGUGGAACGCUAUGAAAUAAUGAUCCAGCGUAUCAGAAAUAGUCAUAAUAGCGACGAGCUACGUAAAAUUUCGACCCUUAAAAGUUUCUGUCGCCUUAUCGAUGAUACCACCUUAUUCCAUCUUGACUACAUUCGUACACAUCGUUUAGUAUUUCAGAGUCCUGUUUUGAGAGAGUCUAUUCAAAAAAAUGAUCUUAUCCUGUAUGAUGAACUGUGCCACUACUUCCGUUGA